UAUAAUUAAUUAUUCCUGGUAUAGUUUCAUUCAGUAAUGUACGGUGGCAGCAGCAGGGGUCAUGUGAGAGUCGAGGCCGUGGCGUUUGGUUUCAGUCUAUAACCGGCGCUCGGGCGGGCGGGCGGAGCAGGAGCAGCCGAGGGGGGCGGGUCGAGCGGAGAGAGGAGCAGCAGGAAUGUGGCAGGAGGUGAAAGCCGAGGCGGAGACACACCUGGGAACUUUCAGAAACACGCAACCCAGUCGAGCGAGCCCCGACCCGGGCAGGAGCUGAGUCCGAGGAGACAAGAAGAAGAAGAUGUUCACCACGGAGCGCAGGAGGAUGAGCCGGCGCAUGAGUCUGCACGAGGUGAAGAGGAAGGACCCGGUGCGUGUGUCCGCCGGGAGCUUCUGGCAGGACUCCCUCGCGAUGGAACUGAGCUCCAGCGGCCCCGGGAAGCAGCUCGUGUCCCCGCGGAGCCGCACCAGGGAGGUGUCCGUGGCCUACAUCGUGAACGAGGACGCGUCGGUGCCGCAGACGGAGGAGAACUUGUCCCUGAAGAGUCUGAAAGAAGCGUGCGCGGACGCACACGCCGCCUUCAAGACCAUUCCGUUCGAGCGGCUCUCUCUGGGGACCACCGACAUCCUGGAUAGUUUCUACAACGCAGACGUAGCGGUGGUGGAGAUGAGCGACUCCUUCUGUCAGCCCUCCCUCUUCUAUCACCUGGGAGUGAGGGAAAGUUUCAGCAUGACCAACAACAUCAUUCUGUACUGUUACAAACAGGACAGUGACCUGCAAGCCCUUAAGGAGCAGUGUGGAAGUUACACCUUCAUCCCGUACGUAGUGUCCCCUCAGGGUAAAGUGUUCGCCUGCGAUACCGCGAUAAUGACCGGCAUCAAGGAGCUGAUGCAGCCGAGCUUCCAGCUGGAGCCUCUCCUCAAGCCGCUGGUGGAGAGGCUGGUGCAUCUGCUGAGCAACGUUCACACUCAGUCCAGCGAGUACUUCAAGGAGUCGAUCCGGCACGAGAUCCGAAUGGCCCGGGAGCGGUUCAGCGGCCAGGCCCUGAGCGACGAGCUGAGCAACAUCCAGAAACGCCUGGACAGCGUGGAGCUGCUCACCCCCGACAUAGUUAUGAACCUGAUAUUGUCCUACAGGGACGUCCAGGACUAUGAUGCAAUAAUAAAUCUGGUGGAGACUCUGAAGCACCUGCCCAUGUGUUUGGUAUCCAGACAUCAGAAUAUCCAGUUUCACUACAUAUUUGCUCUCAACAGGAGGAACCACCCUGGAGAUCGCACCAAGGCUCUGGAGAACAUUCUGCCCAUGGUGGAGUCGGGGGGGAAGGUGGCAUCAGAUGUCUACUGCCUGUGUGGACGCAUCUACAAAGACAUGUUCAUGAGCUCCGCGUUCACCGAUCAGAGCAGCAGGGACCAGAGCAGCAGGGACCAGGCGUGCUAUUGGUAUGGACGAGCUUUCGAGACGGAGCCCACUCUGCACUCGGGCAUUAACAACGUGGUCCUGCUGAUGGCAGCCGGCCACGAGUUUGACACUUCUAUAGAGCUGCGUAAAUCAGGUGUGACGUUAAGCUCCCUGCUCGGCCGGAAGGGGAGCUUGGAGAUGAUGAGGGACUACUGGGAUGUCGGCUUCUACCUCGGAGCCAACAUCUUAGUUAACGAACACAGGAAAGUCAUCGAGGCCUCGGAGAAGCUCUACCGGCUCAAGGCUCCGAUAUGGUACGUGGCAUCUAUUAUGGAGACGUACAUCUUGUACCGUCAGUUUGCCAAGCCGCCGGAGGUGAAGGCUCCUAAACAGGACACUGUGGACUUCUGGAUGGAGCUGCUGCUGCAGACCUGUAAACCCACGGUCUCCACAGGCCGCUGCCCGGUGCUGAUUCUGGAGCCCAGUAAAGUCCUGCAACCGGCUAUCGUGUGCGUGAGUGAGGAAGAUGAAAGUCGCACUGUCCAGUUGAAACACGUCACAGCCUUAAAGAAAGGCUUACACCAGUGGACUUUCCCGGCCUCUGCAAUCCGCGGAGUGAGGUAAAGUGCAAAUGAUGAGCGGAGCUUCCUGUACGUCCACUACAACUCCGACGACUUCCAGCUCUGCUUCCCCUCCGAGCUUCACUGCGAAGGUUUCUGCGAGCUGGUGAACUCUCUGCUCCAGCAGGCUGAGGACUCGGCUCAGGACAUGAAUCGUCUGACUGAAGGAAUACUCGAGUACAUCUAUGAGACCAACGAGAACCAGGACAAGGUGGUUCUGGGUAGAGGGACGUACGGGGUGGUCUACGCCGGGAGGGACCUGAGCAAUCAAGUACGCAUCGCCAUCAAAGAGAUCCCCGAGAAGGACAGCACGUACUCGCAGCCCCUGCAUGAGGAGAUCGCUCUGCACAAGAGGCUGAAGCACAGGAACAUCGUGCAGUACCUGGGCUCCGUGAGUCAGGACGGUUUCAUCAAGAUCUUCAUGGAAGAAGUUCCAGGAGGCAGUUUGUCGUCUCUGCUGCGCUCCAAAUGGGGGCCUCUGAAAGACAACGAAGCCACCAUCAUAUUCUACACCAAGCAGAUCCUGGAGGGGCUCAAGUAUCUCCACGACAAUCAGAUCGUCCACAGAGACAUUAAGGGGGACAAUGUUUUAAUCAACACGUACAGUGGAGUAUUGAAGAUCUCUGACUUUGGAACCUCCAAACGUUUAGCAGGGAUCAACCCCUGCACUGAGACAUUUGCUGGAACUCUUCAGUAUAUGGCCCCAGAGAUUAUAGACCAGGGGCCUCGGGGUUAUGGGAAGCCGGCUGACAUCUGGUCCCUCGGCUGCACAAUUAUAGAAAUGGCGACAGGCAAGCCCCCCUUUCAUGAGCUGGGAAGUCCCCAGGCGGCCAUGUUCAAGGUUGGCAUGUUUAAGAUCCACCCCAAGGUUCCUGAGUGCAUGUCGGACGAGGCCAAAGGUUUCAUCAUGAACAGUUUUGAUCCAAACCCGGACGACAGAGCCACGGCCACAGAGCUGCUGGCGAACGCCUUCCUCCGGUCGUCCCCCAGGAAGAAGACCAGGGCUCCGCAGGAAGCCGAACCCAAAGACUCCCUUUCUACUGACUAUCAGCGCAGCCUGUCUGUGCCCAUCUCCAUCCUGGUUGAGGACACUGAUUCAUACUCAGGUUCUAUCGACCUGUCCUGUUCCCUGGACCUCCGGACAUCCCUGUACACCUUCAGAACACGUGAAGCCUCCGAGAGCCCCCCCAGCACCAGCAGCUUCCUGCCAAUACCAGAGGACUCUACAUUGGACAUGUGCAGUCCUGCCUCAACAGAGGAGAAUAUGGGUCUGUUCAUGCUGAGGAAGGACAGCGAGAGGAGAGCAACUCUCCACCGGGUUCUCACCGACGACAUCGCUCACGUCAUCGCUCACAUACAGGAGUCAGUGCCUCAGGUCGGGAAGGGGUCAUCGCUCUCUGCAGACCACAUCACAAAGCUCAUUGGUUGCCUGCGAGACAACAUCCACUCCCCGGACAGGAAGCAGCUGACCGGUGGUUUGCUGGACGUCCGGGCAGCCCUGCUCGCUGCCACAGUACCUGUGAACAGCCUGCAGGCGGUGCUGUUCAGCUUCCAAGAUGCAGUGAAGAAGGUGCUGAAGCAGCAGCAGGUGAAGCCUCACUGGAUGUUUGCUCUGGACAAUCUCCUGAGGCAGGCGGUACAGGACGCCAUCUGUGUGCUGCUACCAGAACUGAAAAUCCAGCUGCAGUCCUCGUUUGAGAAUGACUGCACCGCUGAGGAGCUGAAUUCUGACCCCGACACUCCUGUGCUUCUCGUGCCUGACCAGCUGGAGGCGCCAGCAUACCUGGAGGAAACCGAAGAGAUAAACGACAUCACGCCCACCGCCGACCGCUACUCUCCCACAGACCUGGUCCUCAGAACCAGCUGUCCCCUCAGCGAGAAACUCAGAGAGCUGCGACUCGAGACCCAAAGAUUACUGAGUCAGCUGAGUGAGAAGGAGAGGGACUACCAGGAUCUGCUCAGGAGCUCAGUCCACAGGAAACAGGAACAGAUAGAUGCACUGAGGAAAGAGGCCAUCACGGACGGAGGUGAAUCGACUUCACAGAAAACACACAAUCCAGAGAUGAAGGCGUUGGUGCAUUGGCUCAAGUCUGUCCCUGUAGAUCAAGAUACCAUUGAUAAGUUGCUCGCCCACAAGUUCACCUUGGACUGUCUCCUCCACAUGGCCUCCAGGGACGACUUGAUGUAUUGUGGAAUAAGAGGCGGCAUGCUGUGUCGACUCUGGGCCGACAUCACACUUCGCAGAAAGACAGAGCUCAGCAAACACAAUGAGGACAGCGAGGACACUCUCCUCUAAUGGACGCUGAUGUUGUACAUCAAAGGUCAGACUUAUUGACAGGCCGGUCCUGUGCUGUUAUCUGGAGGAAGAGAAGCAGCGAUGAACACAACUGAUGUACAGGCGAAUAGUUUCUGGACCUCGUGAAUUUAUAUUUUAAACAUACUGAUCGCUGCUUCCGGUUUUUGUGCAUCUACAAUUAUCUGGACCCAGAAACUUGCUAGCAUUUCUUUUUAACAUUUUCUCAGGGCUUUGGCAAGUGGGAAAAGAAGUUAUACCUUCAUAAAUAAGCUGUGUUGUAGCGUACUGAUUGAUUUGCAAAGUAGCUCAACAUUAUUUUAAAGAUGCCUUCUCAUGAGGCUGUUUUACAGAAAACUUAGCCGGACCUAAGUUUUCAAGAGUAUUCUGUAUCUAAACCUGUUGUUUUUACCAUGAAUCCUGUUUAAAUCUCCUCAAAUAAUAAACAGGAACAUUGAAUCCA